GAGACUCAGCUACUGUUUGUGGUGCAUUUCUCUCAGAAAGACUUUACUCAAACUCAUUCUGGCAAGGUAAAGUCACUUUCAGAGGCUUUUCCUCUCGCGAGAGUGCGUUAAUAACUGCCCCGUUUCACGCGUAAUUUGGCACCAAACAGUUUUUCGUAUGAAUCUCCUCGACCCUUACCUGAAGAUGACGGAGGAACAAGACAAGUGUCUCUCUGAUGCCCCGAGCCCGAGUAUGUCCGAGGACUCCGCGGGCUCUCCGUGCCCGUCCGGCUCGGGCUCCGACACCGAGAACACCCGGCCGUCGGAGAACGGGCUGCUCAGAGCGGACGGGACCCUGGGCGACUUCAAGAAGGACGAGGACGAUAAGUUUCCCGCUUGCAUCCGCGAGGCUGUGUCCCAGGUGCUCAAGGGCUACGACUGGACCCUGGUGCCUAUGCCGGUGCGCGUUAACGGAUCUACUAAGAACAAGCCUCACGUUAAGAGACCCAUGAACGCCUUCAUGGUUUGGGCUCAGGCUGCGCGGAGGAAGCUGGCGGAUCAGUACCCGCACCUGCAUAACGCGGAGCUCAGCAAAACUCUGGGGAAACUCUGGAGGCUUCUCAACGAAGGGGAGAAGCGGCCGUUUGUGGAAGAGGCUGAGCGGCUCCGGGUGCAGCACAAGAAGGAUCACCCAGACUACAAAUACCAGCCCCGGCGAAGGAAGUCGGUGAAGAACGGACAGAGCGAGGCGGAGGACGGCAGCGAGCAGACGCACAUUUCCCCCAAUGCCAUCUUCAAAGCUCUCCAGCAGGCGGAUUCCCCAGCCUCCAGCAUGGGAGAGGUGCACUCUCCGGGUGAGCAUUCAGGCUCCCAGGGGCCCCCUACUCCUCCCACCACCCCAAAGACUGAUGUCAGCUCAGGCAAGAUGGAUCUAAAGCGCGAAGGGGGCCUCCGCUCUCUGCCCGAUGGCCCCGGCGGGCGCCAGCUCAACAUCGAUUUCCGCGAUGUGGACAUCGGGGAGCUCAGCAGCGAUGUCAUCUCCCACAUUGAGACCUUCGACGUCAACGAGUUUGACCAGUACCUGCCGCCAAACGGGCACCCGGGCGUCCCUGGCAACACCACGCCAGUCAGCUACACGGGCAGCUACAGCAUCAGCAGCGGCCCCCCGGUCAGCCCACAGGCGGGAGGCGCCGCGGCCUGGAUGGCUAAAAGCCAGGGCCAGCAGGGACAGCCGCAGCAGCAGCAGCAGCAGCAGCAGCAGCACACCCUGACCACCCUGGGGGGCAGCGGCGGCUCAGAGGCAGCGCAGGCCCAGCACAGGACCCAGAUCAAGACGGAGCAGCUGAGUCCGAGCCACUACAGCGAGCAGCAGGGCUCCCCGCAGCACGUCGCCUACAGCCCCUUCAACCUGCAGCACUACAGCCCCCCCUCCUCCUCCUACCCAGCCAUCACCAGGGCGCAGCAGUACGACUACUCCGACCACCAGGGGGGCAGCAACACCGCCUCGUACUACAGCCACGCGGGGGCGGGGCAGGGCUCGGGGCUGUACUCGACUUUCAGCUACAUGAGCAGCCCCAGCCAGAGGCCCAUGUACACGCCCAUAGCCGACAACACGGGGGUGCCCUCCAUCCCGCAGAGCAGCCCGCAGCACUGGGAGCAGGCUCCGGUUUACACCCAGCUCACCAGACCCUGAGCCGGCCGGCAGACUGAGAGACAACACACACCCUGACAUGUACAGCUACACACAUCCAACCAUACACACACACACACACACACACACACACACACACUCCAAAACACUUUACACCAGGGAGAGUUCUUCCCCUGAAUCAGAAACUUGAAUUCAAAGUAGAGGAGAGCUGGACUUGGGAUUGGCUCACAUCGUGCCUUGCUAUUGUAUCAUGAUAGAAACUAUAUAUAUUUUUAGAGCGAUGAAAAGACUUAAGAAAAUCCUCUGUGAGGACUUAUUGUUGAUAUUUCAGUAGGUACUGUGUAUGUUCCUUCUUGUUUUUUUCUUCAUACGCUGGCAGUUUGUAACCCAGGGGGUGGGGGGAGGCUUAGGGUAAUUAUUUGUACCUGUAGAUAUAAAAAACCAAAAGCUUUAUAUUUUAACCAGUUCAGCAACUAACCACGCAUGGUAGUGCAGUACCUGGUUCUCUGUUCAGUUUCAUACCAGUUUUUUGUUGUUGUUGCUUACUCUUCUCUGUGCCAUUCAGCAAGUAUGGUUUGUAUUUAAGCUGUUACGCUGUUGAUUUUUUUUUUCUUCUCAAGUUAUGUGUCACCAUCAUUGGAAAAGCUAUCAGGCCAUACAGAGGAAGCCAGAGCGACUAGGUUUCCGAUGCUGUGCUGUCCUGACAGGGGGAGACUGCAGCCCCUUUCCAACCUUCUGUGCCUUGGAUUUUACAUUUUCUCAAACUUUUUCUACGCGUGUUCAUUUGUGUGUGUGUGCGCGCGCGCGCUUGUGUGUGUGUGUGUGUGUGCGUGUAUGCAAUGGCCGCAGCUGAGAUUACACUUACCGUCUAACAGCGUGUGUUUGACAGCUACAGGAAGUCACCUUUGACCCCUUGGGUGUCCCCCCCACAGUCUCCCACCAUGCUGGUGUCCAAUACACUCACCUCAACCUUCCCCCCAGGUCAAAAUCCAGUUUUAAAACUUUAUUUAUUUAUUAGCUUUAAUUUUAUUUCAAAGUAAUUAUUUUGCAUACUAUUCUUAUAACUAAUGGAUUGUCCUCUUUGCAAUGUAGACGGCAUAUAAUUUCCCCCUUUUUUUAAAUUUUGAUUUUCAACCCAGGGGGUACUUACGCAAAAUGGUACACGCUGUAAUCGUCUUUUUUUUGUUGUUUAUUUAUCUUAUCUAAAUGUCUAUUU